AUGAUCCACGAGGAGGACGAGGAGGAGGAGGAGAAGGAGGAGGAGGAGGAGGACGCGUUCCAUACAUAUUAUGCACAUACACAUUGAUGAGCGCUGCUAAGUGGCUCACUAUACAUGUCGCGAGUUUACUGCUAAGUUGUUGCGAGAACGAGAGAAAAACGGGGGGGGAGGGGCUUUGGUUGGUGCGAAGAUUGACACAUCCUCGACGGCGAUGAUGAUGACGAUAAUAAGACUGGUUCAUGAGAGGCGAGCGAGUCGGGGUGGCAGGAAGAAUAAUUAGUAAAAAGCAUCAUGUUUCGCGGCGAGUUGCAGGCGCUGGCUGUUCACGGAUAAAACGUAAUAUUAAACUAUUGGUUGUUAACAACUGAGCUCGGUCAUUGUCUUUACACAGACGGCUACUGUUGAUCCGGCAGAAGAAUUGUGGC